AUGUCGCUCAAACGCCGCGUCGCCUCGGCGGCGCUUCUUCUUGGCCUCUGCAUCGGUGGGUGGCAGCCGGCGGUUGCGCUGCCGCCGGCCGAGGGGGCGGUCCUGCUGGAGGUCACCGGCACCAUCGGCGCCACCAACGGCAGCACCGCCACGGGCGAGCCGGCGGCGAAGCUGGAUCUGUCCCUGCUGGAGCGCUUCGGCGGGACGGUGCUGACGACCGACACCCCCUGGACCGAGGCGCCGGUGACCUUCGAGGGCAUGUCCGGUGCGCAGCUUCUGGCGCUGCUGGAGGUGACCGGACAGAGCGCCACGGCAAUCGCCCUGAAUGACUACCGGGUCGAGAUUCCGGUCUCGGACUUUCGGGAGGCGGGGCUGCUGAUCGCCUACAAGCGCGACGGCAAGUCCAUGCCGGUGCGCGAGAACGGUCCCUUGUGGAUCGUCUUUCCCUACAGCCAGCGCGCGGACCUGAACACCAACGCCUAUCAAGCGCGUCCGGGCGGACUCCGCCACAAGGGCGGUCUACCGGCUCUUCUGGCGUUGCUGGUCGGGGCCGCGCUGGGCGCCCUCGCGAUCCUGUUCGCGCACGCGCUGAACGAGAUCAACAAGGAGGUCGGCGACCCGCCGGACAAUCUGCGCUGGGCGGUUUCCGACCUGGAGCACGAGUUCCUGCGCCUGCGCCUGGCCAGCGAGCGGACGGCACAAAGCGGCAGCGCGGCCGAUUUCCAGGCCUUGAAGCUGCGCCUGGACAUCUUCGCCAGCCGCAUCCCGAUCCUUCAGGUCGGCACUUUCCGCCGCAAGCUGGACGAGCGGCCCGACCUGGCCGCGAUUCUGGCCCAGGCCGAAGCGACGCUCGCGCGGGCCGACGAGGUGCUGCUGCAGGCCGAGACUUUGGGCCGGCGGCAGACGGCGCAGGCGCUGUCGCAGGCGCUGGAGCCCCUGGCACCGGCGUUGCGCCGGAUGACCGUACGGGUGGGGCAGCUCGAGAGCCAGCAACAGGCCGACUACCAGACAGAGAUGCAGCGGCUGCUCGUCCUCAUCGUCCUGGUCUUCAUCGUGCUGGCCGCCGGGGUCUUGGCCUUCGUCGUCCUGCUCUGGCUGCAGCACCGCCGCCUCAGCCAGUCGAACGCGUCGCUCUCGCGGCUGUCGCACGAGCUUUUCCAGGCGAACCAGACGAAGAGCCGUUUCCUCGCCAACAUGAGCCACGA